AUGGCAGCGACGACGAAGCAAUGCAACGAGGCUGAAUGGCCGUUAACUGCGAAACUGCGGGUUAUAGGAGCUGGAGGAAUUAAUUAUGAUGAGAAUGGCCGUGCCAGAGGAGUAGAAAAGGUCUUGUUGACGCAUGGUCAAACGAGCGCACAACCUGGUUUCUUGCCCCCAACAAGUCAGAAGAGUGCUCGCAAGGUCUACAAAGGUCUAGCUAUGGUUGCCCUCGCAUCUCUACUCUCCAUCGUCGUCUUCGUGGUCUCUCCGUAUAUCGUACAGGGAACCACAAUCCGGGCUCUCAACCCAGAUAAUGCGCGCUUGUUGCGGUUCUCGGCCACUCAUACUGAAUGGAUCUCCAAUACUGCACUUGAAUAUUUGCUCGAGCAGCGCCAUCAAUAUUUACCUGGUUCGCGAGAGACUGUGGGCUUUGUCCACACCUCUUCCGUUAAUGUUGAUGGACUGCGCAACGCAAACAAGGCGCUAUUAGACGGAAUUAGUGACGAAGCUAUCCGUGCACUUGCCGGACGGGAGGGUUUCAAGGUUGGAUACAUUGAUAUCACGGAAACGUAUGAUGGCACCACCAAUCAUGAUGAGGCAAAGACCAACGAGGCGUCGCGGGCUGCACUUCCCUACUCAGCCGUCGAUCCAACAGCACAUCCGGACUACAAGGCACUUGCAGCAAUGGUCUCUGCUCAAGAGCUAAGGAAUAUUGUUGGCAAUCUGUCGACCACUUUCCCUACAAGGUACUACAGGAGCACCAAUGCCAGAGCACCCUCUCUGUGGAUUCAAUCUUACAUGUCCAAGUUUACAAACGUGUCCGCAACGCUGUUUGAAAAUACGUUCAAUCAGCCCAAUGUCAUCUCCACCUUGACGCCCCCUGGCACAAGUAAUACCACGCCAAUCAUUCUCCUUGGAGGCCACUUGGACUCGACAUCUCAGAGUCCGUCGACCAAAGCCCCGGGUGCGGACGACGAUGCAUCUGGAACGGCAGUGGCUCUUCACGUCUUGAGUAUCCUUGCAAAGAGCGGAUGGGCAUACACGAAAUCAAAGUAUCCAAUUGUGACCCACGCUUACGCAGGUGAAGAAGGGGGACUACUUGGAUCAGCUGCACUAGCAAAGUCGUACAAAUCCGCCGGACGAUCGAUUCGUGGAAUGCUCAACCUGGAAAUGGUCGGCUGGCAGCCGGAGACUACGGGGAGUAGCACAAUCACAGUGUUGACGGAUCCCAAUGCCGACAUGUCGAACUAUAUGUUGAACGUAAUCAAGGCGUACGUGCCUACUGCGAGUGUUCGCAGCACGAAGUGUGGGUAUGGAUGCAGCGACCACUACAGCUUUUCUGAUGCGGGUUAUCCCGUGGUUUGCAUCGCAUCCUAUGGGCCGAACGAUGCAAAUCUCAAUCCGAAUUAUCACAGAACCUCGGACACGCUCGACAAGUUGAAUUUUGAUCGAAUGGCCGAUUUUGCACGGGCGACACUUGCUUGGAUUGUACAGGUCGCGAGUUGA